CUAUAUAUAUCUGUGUGCAUUAGGCAGACCAUUCUCCCUCUGUCUCUCUCUCUGGACGUGUUGCCUCAGAGCAGCGUAUCGUGAGUAUCCUUGUUCAUCACCAUGAUGAAGACCAUCACUGCUUUUGCCAUUCUUGCUCUAGCAGCCACCACAUGGGCUGUCUCUCCACUUGCAAGAGGAACACAGGUGGACUGCUCCCAAUACUCGGCAGCAAAAGGCGCCAAGGUUGCAUGCUCAAGGAUAUAUAAACCAAUGUGUGGCUCAGAUGAUAAAAUUUACAGUAAUGAAUGCAUGUUUUGUAUGAUGCAACAAGAAAGAGGACUUGAACUCAGGAAACUUCAUGAUGGGGAAUGUAUUCAGUGCACCGGGCAAUCUUCUUUCUGCACCAUGGAGUACAGACCUCACUGUGGAUCUGAUGGAAAAGUGUAUGGCAACAGAUGUCUGUUUUGCAACGCUGUGGCGAAGAGCCGUGGUGCACUCUAUUUGGCAAAUUACGGAUCAUGCUGAGUCUCCUGGAUGCUCCCGGGCACCGAGUCUCCUUUAGCGGAUUCCACAUAAAGAGCCAGUUUCUCCGGGUUGGCUCUGGGAGCAAACACAUGGGUUUGAUUCUUCAAUAAAAGAAUCCCAGCAAAAAACUGCCUGGCUCAUCUCUAUGAUUCGUAAGGAGAAUAUCUAUGGUCAUUUUCCUGAACUAUAAGUCACACCGAAAUAUUUCCUCUACACCUACUGAAGCUGGGAACUGAAGAGAUUAUGCGCAUUCUGAUGAGCGAAGAAUAUGCUCAUGCUCAUAGCCUCCCAUUUUAAAAUGACUCAAAUUUUUUAGGUAAAGCACGUGUCAGUGGGUGGGUCUCACCUGACCGUUAGUCUUAUGUUAUCUUUUGCUACACUAAUGAAAAGAGGCAAACUCAGAUUUGGAGGAAGAUAAAGUGAGAAUUCACAAUACUAUCAACUAAUCAGAACAGACCAAAAAUAACAUACAUACUUUAGGCGCUACCAUUUAAAGGGGACUGAGCGACAUAUGGGCAUCAGCAAAAGAUCCUGUUGAUCAUGUUGGGGAAGAGAUUAAAAACAGUAUGAUCUGAUUAAAUAUUGAAGUCACUACAAAAAAAACUGAGGAAAAUACAGGGUAGUUGGGACAGAUGGGGAGUCAGACCUGGAUUUCUCUGGAGGCCUCGCUGCUGCUCGGAGAAAGCUCUCUCCCGCAGCUCCACAGGGUUCCUCCUCUGUGCCUGUCUGGUUCCUAAUCUCCUCUUCUUAUAAGAUACCAGUCAUACAGGAUUAAGGGCCAAUCAAUGACUACAUUUAACCUCCAGUUCCUCUUUAAAGAUCCUAUCUCCAAAAACAGUCACGUUCUGAGGAACUAGAGGGUCGGAAUCUGAACUUAUGCAUUUUGGGGCCUAAUUCAACGCAUAACAGCAACCAAGACAAAAUUGACAAGUAAAGUGAAAUCUGAUGCCUAUAUUAGACUAAAAAAUCAAACAUAACUUAUAAUUCUAUUUUUCAUUUAAUCAAGUCUUCCUAUUUGUGAUGUUU